AUGCCAACCAUAUUCACAAACGAGUACUCGCGCGGGCCGCUCUACCAGUACUGGAAGGAGCGGAACCAGGAGGAAAAGGCUCUGCGCGAGCAGCGCGUCCAGGAAGCCAAACUCCGCAGCAAGGGGUUCCGCCCCAUGGACCCGGCGUUUGGGCCCAGCAGCUCGGACUCGUACGCCCAGCGGGCUGCGAGCGGGCCACCGGCGUAUCGACGCGAAUCUGAUGCUCGGAGGGAAAGCGUUGAAGGGUCGUCGGCGGUCGGAGCGGGAGUGGGAGCAGCGCAACACUCACAGCGAGGGCCUAUUGGCACCGUUGGCGGAGAUGACGAGCUGCCCUCAUACGGUGCAUCGACAGACCUGCCAGCAGCGGCAGGCGAGGGCAGCGAUCAGACCCUCCUGUCCGCCGAAGAGGAAAAGGCCCGCCUGCGCCAACUCGAGGAACAACAGCGCCAGAUCCAAUCCGACUCGGCCCUCGCUCAGACGCUCUCGGCAGAGGAGGAGCAAGAACAAGCCGCACAGGGUGAAGAGACCGACGCAGCGGCAGCAGGAAAAGGCAAACAGCCCGAACGACGCAAAAGCACCGCGGGCAAGAUCGGACGGUGGCUGGCCGACGCGGCGAGCGGGUAUACCAAGAAACAGGAACGGUGGUGA